AGCCACGGAGGGCGAUGGAAGCGGGAGGGAAGGCGGUGCCACGCAGAGUAAUGGUGGUGGCGGAUCCUACAAGGGAGUCUGCGGGCGCACUCCAAUAUGCACUUUCUCAUGCAGUUGUUGAGAAGGACGAGUUGAUCCUUCUCCACGUGGAGAGUCCGGGCUCAUGGAGAAACACGUUCUCGACAUUCCUCAGGCGGCCAAGCCACUCAGCGAGCUCCACGGCGGCGGCGGCGGCGGCUACCUUCUUAGAAGGUGGUGCGGCCGAUCACGUCGACUUUCUCGAGGAAAUGAGGUCGGCAUGCAAACAUGCACGGCCAAGGGUACGUGUGCGUGUAGAGAGGGUGGCAACGGAAGGAAAAGAAAAGGCAACCACUAUUCUGUUCCAAAGCAUGGCUUUGAGGGUUGAUGUCCUGGUUAUUGGGCAGCGUCGAAGUCUCUCUUCUUCACUAUUGGGAUAUAAGCGACCAGGAGGGUCACUGAUAGGGGCAAAAUCGAUAGACACGGCGGAAUACUUGAUUGAGAACAGCAAGUGCACCUGUGUUGGAGUACAGAAAAAGGGCCAAAAUGCAGGUUUCGUUCUCAAUUCCAAAACCCACAGGAACUUCUGGCUACUGGCUUAAACCAUCUAACGACCUUGGAUUCAACAUUACUCUGUCCUAGAUACCGCCGUUGAAAUCAGUCUGCUCACUUCCGUUCUCGAGCUCGACCUGUUUCUCGAGGGACUAGGAACAGAUCAAAAUUGAAUCCUCGAAUCUGCUAAGUCGGUUUACAAGUCUUUGGUUUUUCUCUAGUUAUGGAGUGAACCAAAUGGUGAUAUUUUUCAUUAUAAAGUUUUGAACUUGUACGUGAACCAGAGGAAAAUGGCAUUC